AGGAUUUACAUACUUCGACGCAAAUCACCGCAAUCGAUGGAGAGCAUUAAUUAUUUGGGUCUUUAAUGUGAUGGGGCGUUGGCUUUACUCGUUGCUGAUUGCUCCUUGCCCUCAGAUAUUAGGUAUUUAUGGAGACAUCAGCAGGAAUUAGCUUAAUAGUUGUAAUGGAGUCUUCGGUAAAGCGAGAAAGGCAGGGAUCCUCCAUGUUUCUGUUGAGAAGCUUUGGCAGGAGUCUGCAGGAAUUUCUCAGGAGCACGGGACUGCAUGGCCUGAAGUUUGUGGGAGACUCCAGUCUCAGCAGCUGGGAGAGAUCCUUUUUCUUUUGCUCAUUUGUGGUCGCCUUGGUGGUCACGUGCAAUCUCAUCGUGAACAUCUACGCCAAGUGGGAUAGCACACCGGUGAUAAUUGGGAUCAGUCCACAGGCCACCUCCAUUUUGAAAGUACCCUUUCCGGCCAUCACCAUAUGCAACAUGAAUCAGGUGCAGAGCAGCCAAGUGUCGCAUUACAAAGAGGGCUCCGACGAAAGCGCCAUUUUGAAGCUGUUGUGUAACUCCGAAAUGGAGGAAUCUGCCGACCUUGACGAUGACCUGUCCCACUCAAACUUUGCCCGGAAUACCCUGCGGAUAUCUGAUUUCGUUUCGAAUCACUCGCAGCACUGCGAUAAGAUGCUGCUCUAUUGCAGAUUCAAUGCCGUGGAGCACAACUGCUCGCACCUGUUCCAGCAGCUCAUGACGGACGAGGGACUGUGCUGUGUAUUCAACUUUCAGCCACCAGAGUUCCUCUAUAAGCCAUUUUCAAAUAGCAGACGAAAUUUGACAAUGCAGAAUGGUUUUAGGGCGGUCAAAUGGAAUCCAGAGACAGGCUAUCCCGACAUAUUACCAGCCAAAUAUUAUCCAGCAACAGCAAUUGGGACUGGGAUUACGCUGGGAUUUAGCGCUGUUCUCGAUGCACAGAUGAGAGAGUACUACUGCUCUUCGACGAAUGGACCCGGCUUCAAGGUAUACUUUCACAAUCCAACCGAAGUGCCUGUUGUCAAGGAGGCUGGACUCAUCACCGCCAUUGGCUAUGAGACCAACUACCGCAUGGAGGUGGUACGCGCCGAGUCAGUGCCAGCCAUUCGCUCCAUUUCGCGGGAUGGUCGCCAGUGCCUGUUCGGUAACGAGAAGGAGCUGAUAUUCUACAAGACGUACACGCGGCUCAAUUGCGAGAACGAGUGCAUGGCUGGAUACUUGUAUGUGUCCUGUGCCUGCAUACCCUUCGACUAUCCGCAGAUCUAUAGCAAUGCCACAACGUGUGGCGUCAAAGAUACUUUCUGUUUGCGACGGGCCCAACAGGCGGCCAUCCGUCCAGGCUGGGUCAAGUGCCGGCAGCAGUGCCUGCCCAGCUGCUUCGACCUGAGCUAUCUGGCCAGCGGCUUCGCCUUUCCGCUGGCCACCAGCAAAUUCCAAUUGUCCAAUCCGCUGGUGGAGAGCAUAAACAAAUCGUAUCUGAGUGAGAAUAUAGCCGUCAUCAAUGUCUACUACCGUGAGUCCGUCUACUAUGGCAACAUGAAGAACGCCUAUGUGGGAUUGACAGAGUUCCUGUCCAACAUUGGUGGCGUGAUGGGCCUCUUUAUGGGCUUCAGCGUAAUCUCUUUGGCGGAAAUAUUUUACUUUCUCUUUCUGAAACCCCUCGUAGAGCUCUUCCUUUGGAAAAGAUCGGCCCAGGUUGACGCUCAAAACACAACCCUAAAGCAUAAUGCAUUUGCAAUAGAACAACCAGAGAUAUCCGAUAACAAAGCCAUCAUCUGGCAUGCACGAGAACUGUACCCACAGGGUGUAGCGCUAAAGCACAGCAGAAAACUAAAGAGGAACCGAAAUAAUACCCGUACAAAUUUAUUCAGCCACUGAGCAAUAAUAGAACAGAAUUGCAAAUGCGGUACUAAAUUAUUUAUCGUUUACAUAUGUAAGUAAAUAACUGCCAUCUCAUGCAUAUGAGUUUGCUGACCAGCAAAAAGACAAAUACCAAUUCAU